AUGGAGCUGGGUGAGAACCAGCAGCUCUGCAGCAUCAAGGUGAGCUCGGGGUGGGUGCAGCAGUGCUACAUUGAUGGCCCCUACGGGACCCCGACACGCCGGAUCUUCACCUCAGAGCAUGCUGUGCUCAUCGGUGCUGGCAUUGGCAUCACUCCCUUUGCAUCCAUCCUGCAGAGCAUCAUGUACAGGUACCGCCAGAGGAAGCAGAGUUGCCCUGAACGUGAGACCCUGUGGGAUGAGGACAUGGCACUCAGGAAGGUUGAUUUCAUCUGGAUCAACCGGGACCAGCAGCACUUUGAGUGGUUCCUUGACCUGCUGGCUGCGCUGGAGCUGCAGCAGGAGGAGCAGGAGCCGGGAGGGCGCUUCCUGGAGCUGCACCUGUACAUGACAUCAGCGCUGGGCAGGAGUGAUGUGAAGGCGGUGGGGCUGCAGCUGGCCCUGGACCUGCUGGCCGCCAAGGAGCAGAAGGACUCCAUCACGGGGCUGCGCACCCGCACGCAGCCCGGCCGCCCCGACUGGAGCCAGGUGUUGGGCAGGGUGGCAGAGGAGAGGAAGGGCAAGGUGCACGUGUUCUUCUGUGGCUCGCCGGCCUUGGCCAAAGUGGUCAGAGUGCACUGCGAGCGUUUCGGCUUCCGCUUCUUCAAGGAGAACUUCUAAAGACCGUCGCCAUCCUCGCUGCAGGGUGACCCUUCCCAACCUGCUGGGAAGGGGCUGAGCUCGGGGCUGAUGACACUGCUGUGAUGUGUGGCAUCUCCUGUGCCUUGGUCCUGCAGUGCAGC